AUUAGCUCCCAAGAUAACUGUUGUACAACAGGAAAGGGUGUUUGAAUGAGAAGUGCACGCACGCACAUACAGUGUGCUAUUUAGACAACCCUAAGCAUGAGGUCAGGGUGAAAACAUGUGGUGGAAAUAUGUUUGGAAAAGUCAGUGCCUAUGUCGAUCACCAGGAGUGGGAGGGAGCAGAAGCCAGGAGCUGACAGAUUCUCACUCUCUCCCCAUGGCUGUGGUGGCCUCAGCCUGAGCAGAUUCUAUGGUGGCACCAGAACAGGUUAAGGCUCUCUGUAGGGCCUAGAGAUGCAAUGGUUGUCGCCUCCCCAUACCUGUACACACUGGCUCAUCCUCUUUGGGUGCUGCCUCCCUAUCCUCCUAGAGUUUGAGGGGGACAGGCAGCCAGAAAUCAGGCUUGGAUCAGGAAAUCCAGCACAUCCUCGCCAUUGCAUUUCUGUCCCUUGGCUGCCCCCUCCCUGACCGCUCACUGGUAAUACAGCUUUGGAAACACAUCUCGUGCUAUUUCUUGGCUUUGGAGCAUAGUUAGAAGGAGAAGGAAGGAGGGUGUGAAGGGGAGGGGAAGAUAACAGGAGCGAAUAAUGCAAAAUGAGACUGUGCUGCGAGCUUUGUAUCCCAUCUGGAAACUGUUUUCCCUCAGUACACUGCACACCCACUCCCUCUAGGCCAGGAUAGUAAGGGUCAAGUUUCCCUGUUGACUGGUCCCCCGUGCUAAAGCCAGACCCAUCUGCAUGAGCGAUACUUGAAAUAUCUUAAAGGAGAAUCUCAACAGAGUUUCCGAGUCCUUCAUUGUCACUAUUAGAAAUUCUUGUCCAAUCCUCUGAGGAGCAGGAGCUGGCUGGUCUCAGCCCAGCUGGAAGGCACUCUCAAGAAGUUUUGGUCUUGAAGAAGCUGUGAGAGGAUGAGGCUUUCGUGCGUGUGUAUCUCUGUCCAUCCCACUUCCAUUCACACCCAAAUUUCCAUGGACUCCUUCUUGGACCAUCCCUGGUCUGCUGAGACUUUUGUUGCCAUUGUGUUGGCAAAAGUCUCCCCAAAGCCCAGUCGUGUCAUUUUGUGGCAGCACAUGAAGACCUUUAGCUGUGCUGGGCCCAGCCUGGGUGGGAAUGGAGGGCUAGUGACCACCCAGCACCUUCCAUUCCAGCAAGGAUAAAGCUACUAUCAAUUUGAUCAGGUGAUAAGGUGAUAAACCUGUUUCUCUUCAUUGCUCAGAAACUUGGAGCGCUGACCCUGCUAUGUGCUGCUGUGAUAUACACAGCCAAGUCACCAUAUCCUAGUUCCCUGAAGCCUCUCUCACACAUGCAAAGGAAGAGUACGGCUGAAGCUUUCUCUGAGUUUUGCAAGUUAAAUGCAGCUCCCAAAAUUAGUCUGGGUGGGACAAAAUUUGCAUAUUCUGGGUUAAAAGGCUCAAUCUAAAUUAAUUAGUAGCAGUUUUGAUGGCAUCUAGCCAAAAUAAGCUCUGGGUUGCUCCUCACUGUGUCUAUCACAGUUGGAUCUUGACAAGAGGACACUUUCUUCUUACCAUGUGGUUGAAUGCACAGCUGUCUUAUACAAAUCAGAAGUCUAAAAUUAACAAUACCUGUUGGCUUCAGGAGAGAACAGUCAACCCAAGAGCCCCAGUAGUCUUCCUGGGAUGUGGUGACAGCUUCCUGCUGGUCCCAUAAUUUCCAUUGUGGGUAUAGCCAGCUACAAAGCCAUGUUAUUAUUUUUGUUUGCUUUACCCUUCCUUCUGCUGCUUUCCUCUGCCUCUUGCCUCCUUCUUUGAGUAAAACAGCAAUCUCCAGCUUUGUGUCAGCUCUAGGUGCCCUCCGUUCUUGAGGCUGUUGGAUCCUUGGUGCCCCCUUUGAUAAUAACUAAUUUGAUAAUAAAUAAUAACCAUAAUUACGGCAAAUCUCAUGGGCUACAUCCCUUUUCUCCACUGUCUGUGUGUGAAGAUGCUGGACUGCUAUAUGUGUGAGUGGUGAGAACUGAAACACCUUUGUGUUUCAUCAGCAAAGGCUGCUUUGAUGUGAAGACUUUGCCAGUAUUUAGUUGUCAUGAAGGAUAGGACCCAGAAGGCCAGAGAUGGGUAGAUGCCCCAACAUUUCUGGAUUCCCAUAGAGGGGUGCAAAUUUCAUUCUCCGUGCAUCACCCAUGUUUUUCCUGUACUGUGCAGUAGGCUUCUGUCUCUUGGGAGAGAAUGGUCUCUUGGGGACCUGAACCUCCUGCACCUCUGGGAGAACAGUGUUACCUUCAUUCUCAUUUCCAAACAGCGAGUUCUUCCAGCAGCAAAUCUGCUGGGUGGUGUCUAAAAGAAACAGAAACCUGAAAUUACUCCUGCCAGUGGUGGUGCCUGUGUUAAGGCUCUGAUACUCAGUCCCUUGCACUCAUUACUCAUCUCUCACCCCUCAGCAGCUGCUGGGGUGAUUUCUUUUAGUCUCGGAAUAAAGCCAGAGGCGCAUCUCCAACUCUUCCUUCUAGCAUUUCUCAGAGAACCUGGAUCACUUCUCUGACAACAUGGAGGAUUUCUCCAAUGACCUCUUCAGCAGUUUCUUCGAUGACCCAGUACUGGCUGAGAAGAACCCUCUGCUGGACAUGGACCUGGAUCCACCCACUCCAGGCAUCCAGGCAGAGCACAGCUAUUCCCUCAGUGGAGAUUCUGCUCCCCAGAGCCCCCUCGUGCCUGUCAAGACUGAAGAUAAUGCUAACGAGCUGGAGAAUGGAGUGUGGUCACUGGGACCCAAGCUCUCCUCCAUCAUGGUGAAACAGGAACAGAACCUGCCUCUAGACCUGCCUGAGUCCCAGCUGCCUGCCAGCUCCAUACCAGUGCUGAACCUCAACCCUCUGCAGAGACUGCCACUCCCUGAGGAGAUUCCUGUAGAAAUGACUCCAGCACCUGUGAUCAAAGCUGAACCCAAAGAGGUGAACCAGUUUCUAAAUGUACCUACAGUAGAUGACCUGGUGCAGAUGCCUCCAACUCCACCCAGCAGCCAUGGCAGUGACAGUGACGGAUCUCAGAGUCCUCGGUCCCUGCCUCCCUCCAGUCCAGCCCGGCCUGCUGCUCGCUCUUCUACUGCCAUCUCCUCCUCACCUCUCCUCACAGCACCACAUAAGUUACAAGGAACCUCUGGCCCACUGCUCUUGACUGAAGAGGAGAAGCGCACCUUGAUUGCAGAGGGUUACCCCAUUCCUACCAAGCUACCCCUCACCAAAGCAGAGGAGAAAGCACUGAAGAGGGUCAGGAGGAAAAUCAAGAACAAGAUCUCUGCUCAGGAGAGCCGCAGGAAGAAGAAAGAGUAUGUGGAAUGUCUAGAGAAAAAGGUAGAGACAUACACAACAGAAAAUAAUGAACUCUGGAAAAAAGUGGAGACCUUAGAAAAUGCAAACAGGACUCUGCUCCAGCAGUUACAGAAGCUUCAGGCUCUGGUAGCUGGGAAAGUCUCCAGACCUUAUAAAAUGGCUUCCACGCAGACUGGGACCUGUCUAAUGGUGCUGGCACUCUGCUUCGUUCUGAUCCUGGGAUCCCUGAUGCCCUGUCUCCCUGAAUUCUCUUCAGUAUCACAGACAGUGAAAGCAACACCAGCACCAGACAUUUAUACAACUAGUAAGAUUCAGUCACGGAGCCUUCUUUUCUAUGAUGAGGGUGCUGGCUCCUUAGAAGAGAGCUAUAGCUCCUUUCUAACCAUGGACCAUCCUGAGGGGUGGGAGGCCAAAAAAAGGCAGUCUGAGGAGGGAAGACCUCAUCUGGCCAGGACACAUGAGACGGCUAAAUAUUUGAGCAAAACCCAGGGGGGUCCUGACCAGAACCAAACCGACCCAACUCUCAGUCACCUCAAAGAGCAGUUCCGUGAGAGGGAGACAAGCUCCAGUGAGACAACUGAAUUCUUGUAGCAGCUGCUGGACCUCAAGGCCUCAUCUGUCUGAUUGCAGGAUUCCCUCCUCACUAAGCAACUGAGGGGACUUGGCAGGAGAGGACACUGCAUUUAGACACUCCCAAACUGGCCUUGGGUUCAGCUUCUUCCCUUCCCCAUUGUCCCCAUUAGUGCUGAUCUCUCUGAGGGGAGUCACAGGA